CUGGUAAAAAACACCACCGAUCUUGAGUACGCGUGCGUGGAAACAUUUCUUUUUGGCGUGCUAUCGUUUCCUUUUCCGUUUGGCUCCGAAGAAGAAGCAAGAUGGUACAGCGACUAACCUAUCGACGACGUUUGUCGUACAACACAAAAAGCAACAGGAGGCGUGUUGUACGUACGCCAGGUGGCAAGUUAGUCUACCAAUAUCUUAAGAAACCUAAGAAGAUCCCGAGAUGUGGACAAUGUAAGGAUAAACUCAGGGGUAUUCAACCCGCUAGGCCAAUGGAACGUUCGCGUAUGUGCAGACGUAAGAAGACUGUCAAACGUGUGUACGGAGGUGUUCUUUGUCACAAAUGUGUAAAAGAAAGGAUUGUACGUGCAUUCUUGAUUGAAGAACAAAAGAUUGUCUAUAAGGUUAUGAAAGCACAACAGGCUUCAGCAAAGACGAAGAAAGCAGAGAAGUGAAAUUUCGCGCUUUUUAUUAAUUAAAUACAAUAAAUAAUAAAUCCAAAAAAAUUUAAA